UGCACCCCCGGAGGACCGACAGCGACGACGCCACUACUGAUGCCACUGGCCAACCGUGAGGACAGGACAACGGUCGCCUCUGGCCGCGGAUCGGCAGAUUCAGUCUUAUUUGGUGCCAUGGAUCCAGUCGCCGGUACGGCGGAGCAUCGGGGACCGGUGGAAGUGCGCGCCCGCGCGCCCGGCAAGAUCAUCCUCACAGGCGAGCACGCCGUCGUCCACGGCUCCGCCGCCGUCGCCGCUGCCAUCGAUCUCUACACCAACUCCUCCCUCCUCCUCCGCCCCGCAGGCCCAGGAGAGGGUGGCGGCGCUGGCUCCAGCGCGGUAGAGCUGGACCUCAGGGACUCGGGCCUGACCUUCUCAUGGCCGUGCUCGCGCCUCCGCGGGGCGCUGGGGGAAGAGAUCAGCGCCAACCCCGGGGCUCCGGCGCCGUGCUCCCCCGACCAGCUUGCCGCUAUUGCCAGGCUCUUGCAGGACCAGGACAUCCCUGAGGCCAAGAUCUGGCUCUCCGCCGGCCUCUCCGCCUUCCUUUUCCUCUACACCUCCAUUUUGGGAUGCAGGCCUGGCAAGGCAGUGGUGUCCUCGGACCUGCCCAUGGGCGCAGGGCUUGGCUCAUCGGCAGCAUUUUGUGUCUCCAUGUCGGGGGCACUAUUGACGGCUGCUGGCGCAGUAAGUGUUGGAGCACACAGGGGUGCUGAGGGUUGGGAGGUGUUGGAGAAGGGUGCUCUUGAGCUGGUCAACCAAUGGGCGUUCCAAGGGGAAAAGAUUAUUCAUGGCAAGCCUUCUGGCAUCGACAAUUCCGUCAGCACUUUUGGGAAAAUGAUCAAAUUCAAGAAGGGGGAACUGACAAACCUUGAGUCCAGGAACCCAGUCAAAAUGCUUAUUACUGAUACAAGAGUUGGUAGGAACACAAAGGCACUGGUUGCUGGUGUGUCUGAAAGAGCAUCUAGACAUCCAGAUGCUAUGGCUUCUGUAUUCCAUGCAGUGAACACUAUCAGUGAAGAGCUUUCAAGCAUUGUUGAGUUAGUAGCCGAGGAUGAGAUAGCCAUCACCUCUAAGGAGGAUAAGCUAGCAGAGCUUAUGGAGAUGAACCAAGGUUUGCUUCAGUGUAUGGGAGUCAGCCAUUCUUCUAUAGAAACUGUGUUGCGGACCACUCUGAAAUAUAGCUUGGUCUCAAAGCUAACUGGAGCUGGUGGUGGAGGCUGUGUGUUGACUCUAAUACCGACGUUAUCGUCCAAUAUUGUUCUGGAGAAAGUCACCAGGGAGCUCGAAUCUCAUGGUUAUCGCUGCUUCAAAGUUGAGGUUGGUGGGCGAGGUCUCCAAGUAUUCCGAGGAUAACAUAACACUCAACCUAUUUCAAGGAGAUGUUGUACCAUACUUUUAGAAGAUGGCUUACCUGCACUGAAGCUGUUUAGAUUCUCUUCUUGAGUUAUUCCAAGAUCAUGAUAGGAUAUUCUUCUCCUAAGCCUAGCAGGUUCUUGUAUCCAGUACUCGAGUUGCUCCAGGAUUAGGACAUUCUUAUGCUAUCCCUAGCACUCUUGUAUCAAAUAAGCUCAUAGAUGCCUGAUCAUUGCUGGUAUGAUUGUUGUAUUAACUAUUAAGUAAACAAACAUUUAAUUGCUCCAAAUGUUGUAUCAAAUAAAAAAAAUAUCAUCGACCUCAUGAAGCCAAUAGCUACCCAUAUGUGGGGCCUCUUCACAGGCGGCUUCAACAGCGCCACACUUCAACACCAGUGAUCUGGCUGUGGGGUGGUCACCACCUAUGCGCCCGCCCCGGUCACAGGUGCCAAAACCUUCUAUGGAUCUAGCUCCUCCGAUUUACAGCUCUGGGGUACCAUCUUGUCCAGUUAACUCUGCACAUCAGUUGUAUGUCAACCAUGCUUUGCUAUGGUUAUGAGUUUUUCCAAUUAGAUGCCUCAAAUUGUACUCUUGUUGCUUGAGAAUGCCUUUGGUUGGUACCCUAAUAUUUUUGGCUGUUUCAAACUGUACUCUUGUCUGUAAUGCUACUAGGCCAGAGGUCCCCUUAAGGCACUGGAUUUGUUUAAAUGAUGUGCUGUUGUUAGAAUUUUUUUGACAAGUGCUGCUGUUAGCUGUGUUUUGUAUGUGAUGUAAGAUGAUGUAAUAUUGCCCAUCUUUUUCACUAGUUUGUGUUUCUUUUUAUAUAUUGAUAAUGAUUGAUAUAUGCUGAAAAGGUUGCAACUUUUGUGCUACUAUAAAUUUUUUUAAGCAUGUAAAUAACUGAAUAGGAAUAAACUCGUGAACAGUUUUAGUUUGUUGCUGUCAGACAUUAUUGCCAUUUUUUUAUUUGAUGCUACUGCUGAUACAGUUUCUGACAUUCUUGUGCAUUCUGGAAAUAUGGUGGGAUGUACAGUUCCUGUGUUGCACUACUUGUCUACUUCGUCCACUCAUCCGGAAACCUGCAGACGAUGAAUGAGGAUCUGCUCAAAACGUAUCAUGAGAGAGCUGUUUCCACUGAUGCUCGCUCGCUAAUCACUUUGUUCAGAGAGUGCUGCAUACAAGUCGGUUUCAGGACAGCUGUUUCAGUGUUCUUGGAUAAAAAAAGAAGAAGGCAUGCUUUGCAGCUGACAAACUCACAGCAGUUAAGUGGCAGUUGCUUAUCAGCAUUUGUCCUCGAGAUGGCUGCACUUAUUGUUAACCUUCAGAUAAACUAUGCCUCUGCUCAUGACAAUGAAACACUAUUUGAUAUUAUUAGUGUAAAGACUCCGAUGAACCUCUCAAUUGACGAGCGAUGCAGGAUAAAUAAUUUGUCCACAAGUAUGAUUGCAUUAUCCCAGGUUUCAGCACUUCCAUAUUCUGCUCAUUGUGCCUCGACGUCAUCUUCACCAGAGCAGAAUAUACGUGGUCUGGUGCUAAUAAUGUGCAAGUCAGGCUGGACCGGGUUUUCUGCUCUUCGGAUUGGGAGGAAAAAUUCCCCAAUUACCUGCUGCAAAGCUCAGCUUCAGAGGAUUCAGACCAUUGCCCUCUCCUGUUGGGAUUGAAGGACAACCACACGGGGAAACGGAGAUUUCAUUUUGAAUCCUUUUGGCCCAGAUUUGAUGGCUUUCUGGAAGCGGUUACUAAUGCUUGGGGUUCUGUUCAACAGUCCUCUUGUCCCCUCAAGACCCUUUCCCUAAAAUUCAAAGUGACGACAAAAGGGCUGCAAAGCUGGAGUGACAGAAAGGUUGGGAAUUUCAAACUGCAACUUGAGCUUGCCCGAGAAAUUUUGCUGCAGCUUGAAGUGGCAAAAGAGAGCAGAAUUCUUAAUGUUUUGGAGACAUGGCUGCUUGGGCGCUUGAAGAAAUGCUCUCUGGCUCUUGCCUCCUUGAUCCGCUCGAUGGCUAGGACUAGAUCAAGAAUUGCCUGGCUCAAAGAUGGUGAUGCUAAUACAAAGCUCUUCUACUCUUGGUCUCGUUAUCGGAAAAGGAAAAAUUUCAUAGCCAAAAUUCAUGACGGAGAGCAGCUUGUGACCAGUCAUAGUGAUAAGGCUGAGGUGUUUCGGUCCUUUUAUUCUGAUUUAAUUGGUACAGGGCAGCAAAGGUCCAGAUCUGUCAACCUUGACACCAUAGGACUGCAGCACAUUGACCUUCAGGGGCUCGAACAACAAUUCUCUGAGGAGGAGGUGUGGAAUACCAUCAAACAGCUCCCUCCGGACAAAGCCCCGGGACCUGAUGGGUUCACAGGCCGUUUCUAUAAGACCUGCUGGUCAAUCAUCAAAAAAGAUAUUAUGGCUGCUAUCUUGACUGUUUGGAACAAGGAUUUUCGAAAUUUCAGAUAUCUCAACACAGCCUUCAUCACUCUGUUACCUAAGAAAGAGGAUGCCAUCCUUGCCAAGGACUUUCGGCCUAUUAGCUUGAUCCAUAGCUUCGCAAAGUUAAUCACGAAGGUCAUGGCAAACAGACUUAGUGGUUAUAUGGACAAGUUGAUUUCUAAGAACCAAAGUGCGUUUAUCAAGGGCAGAUUCAUCCAAGACAAUUUCAUGUUAGUUCAGCAGACUGCAAGAUUGCUGCAUGCUCAAAAACAGCCCAGAAUUCUUCUCAAGUUGGACAUUUCCAAGGCCUUCGAUUCGGUAUCUUGGUCCUUCCUUCUUGAAGUGUUGGAAAAAGUUGGAUUCGGCCCCAUAUGGAGAGAUGUGAUUAGUGGGCUGCUUAUGACCUCAUCUACCCAAAUUAUGCUUAAUGGAAUGCCUGGGGAAUACAUUCAACACAAGAGGGGUCUGCGGCAGGGGGACUCGUUGUCCCCUCUUCUUUUCAUCAUCGUUAUGGAUGUUCUCAAUGGCCUAAUUGUUAAAGCUGCUGAUGAGGGCAUGCUCCAACCCCUUUCAACACGCUCCAUUCAGCACCGAAUAUCGCUCUAUGCUGAUGAUGUGGUGAUAUUCUUGAGACCGGCUGCUAGUGAUCUGUACUUGGUAACCAGGAUAUUGGAGCUGUUUGGGGACGCCUCGGGGCUAAAAACCAAUGUUCAGAAAAGCAGUAUGGCCCCCAUUCACUGCUCUCCGGUUGACAUGGAAAUAGUAACUCAGAUUUUUCCUUGCAAAGUUGAAAUGUUCCCUCUUAAAUACCUCGGGCUACCUCUUUCUCUCAGGAAGUUAACCAAGGAGCAGCUGCAGCCACUUAUCGAUAGGCUUGCGGACCUCUUACCUAAUUGGAGGGCCGACUUGAUGUCUCAUGCUGGCAGAGCUAUCCAGGUGCAGCAUGUGCUCACGGCAACAGUUAUAUAUCACGCCAUGGCUUUGGAUCUGCCUAAGUGGGCUAUCAAAGCUAUUGACAAGAUUAGACGUGGCUUUAUUUGGAAAGGUCGAAAGGAUGUGCUCGGUGGCCACUGCUUAGUUGCUUGGGGCAAAGUGGCACGCCCAAAGGAGCUUGGUGGGCUUGGCAUCUCAGAUUUGCAAAGGCUGAAUUGGGCCCUUCGAGUUAGAUGGUUGUGGUUGGAAAAAACAGAUCCCUCGAAGUCUUGGGCUGACUUACCUCUCCAGAGUUCCAGCACUCUAAAAUCUAUUCUCUCUACAGCUUUGACUACUGAAGUUGGUGAUGGUCGUAACACCUUGUUUUGGAGGGACAGAUGGUUGAUGGGGCUGAAUGUUGAGGACCUUACCCCUCAUAUUUUCGCCCUCGUCCCAGCCAGGAUUGCCAAUAGGAGAACGGUGGCAGAAGGUAUCGUGGAGAUGGCUUGGAUUCGGGACCUGAGAGGCACCAUCACUUGGGCUGUCCUUUCUGAUUUUUUAACUCUUAGUGAAGUCAUUGCAGAUUUCUCCCUUAGUGAUGGUGUGCCAGACAAGCAUAUCUGGAAAUUUUCCCCGACAGGUCAAUACUCUGCUAAGUCGGCAUAUGAUAUGUUAUUUCUAGGUUCCACUUCUUUUGGUGCAUUUGAACGUGUUUGGGAGACUUGGGCACCUCCAAAGUGCAGAUUCUUUCUUUGGCUUGUCUUGCACAAUAGAUGCUGGACCGCGGACCGUCUUGCUAAAAGAGGACUUCCACAUCCCAGUGCUUGUCCUCUUUGUGACCAAGAAGAGGAAACAAUACAACAUCUUCUCUUUUCUUGCGUCUUUGCAAGACAGUUCUGGUACUUCUUGUUGAGCAGGUCUGGAUUGCCUAAUCUUUCACCGGACAACGCUUUUUGCAGCCUAGAUGACUGGUGGAGCAGGGCUGUGGAGAAGCUUCCCCGUGAUCUCCAAUCAGGUUUCAAUUCUAUAGUUAUCCUUGGCGCUUGGAGCCUUUGGCGUCAUCGCAACGACUGUGUGUUCAAUGGGCGGUCGCCGAGCCUUGAGAAUACUCUCACCCUCGCUGGCGAUGAGCUCAGGAUGUGGUGUAGUGCCGGGGCGAAAGGGUUGAACCUGCUUUCAACUCUUGCGUUUAUGCUUGAUCCGGGGGAUAGUCUUGUAUCAUGCCCAGAGUGGUUAAGUGUGGUAGUGGUGUUGCGUGGUUGGUAUGUUGUGUCUUGUGAGGGGUGUGGUGCGUCUGUUGGUAUGUUGUUUGCGGCGUGUGUGUGCGCGUGUGUUGUACCUUCUUCUAUCUAUCUAUUAAUGGAAUGAUACGCAGAUCUCCUGCGUGUUCGAGAAAAAAAAAAAUCUUCACCAGAGCAGACUACUGAUGUUGAUGGAAGUACCACUGGUGAUGUCACCUUCUAAGUAUAACUUGGGUAACCUUAUUACCUCUUCCUCUUACUCCAAAUGCUGGUUCGGUGUUAUCCAUGUUCUCAGCAUUAACCUCUUAAAGUUCUGAAAAGACAAGGAUGAAUGCACACUGCACUUCCUACUGCACUUCUUUUGAACCUAUCAUGCAAUGUCCUUCUGCUUGGGUGUGAGCUUCAAAAACACACUGAAAUCUACUAAGCUAGUAGUUCAUCCAAAAGAUUUGGUGUGUGCUCUGUUCUUUCUAUCCAGCAUAAUUGGCUUCUAAUUAGAGAUAAACUCCAAUACUAAGAACCUUCUGAGGAAGAAAAACAAGGCACUGAAUGGUUACAGUUAUGUUCUGUGUAAUAAUGGCUGUGUGGGAACCAGCAUCCACCUUCCCUCUGAAUGCAGUUUUGGCUAAUCAUGCUGGAACACAAUUCCCAUCCAAUGUGAUCUGAGUCUGCCACCUCUAGACAUGAUGAUUGAAGCCAGGACAAACUUUGGUGAUCUAAUUUAAAGAGAAAUAGAUAUUAAAGGUGGUUGGAUUAUUUGGACUACUCGCAAUCAAUAGCAUUAUCUUUGACAAUGCUACCUGUAACUUCGAUAUUUGGAAAAGAUGAAACAGGAGCUUAGCUUGGUGCGUCGAAGCGAAGCAGAGUAGAAGAGAUCCCCUCACCCUUUGGGGCUUGUUCGGUUCUACCCCAAUCCAUAUGGAUUGAGAGGGAUUGAGGGGGUUUCAAUCCCUAGCAAGUCAAAAUCCCUUCCAAUCCAUAUGGAUUGAAAAUAACCGAACAAGCCCUUGGAGAGACACUACUCUUAGUUUCUGUUUUUUUUUCUUCUUUUUUCCUUUUGGGCCUGGAUGUCUUGUAUCUUCCUCUGUUAUAAUUUUGUACUUAUGUAACUUUCUUCAUUUUUAUAGAUAUACAUGAUACUA